AUCGUGUCUGUGUGGCUCGGCUCCUACAACUACAACUCUCCUGUAUCCAGGCUGGCCUUCUCCUUCCUGCUGCUGCUGGGGACCCUGGUCUCUGUCAUCAUGAUCCUACCUGGCAUGGAGACUCAGCUCAAGAAGGUAACUCCACACAACCCUUGUCUUGGUUGCUUGAUGAGUAGCCUAGCAUGGGUAGGAUGGUCAUCUGAAUCAGGGUUAGUUUGGCAGCUGGGGUGAAAGAGGAGCGAUUUACGAUAGAGGAAACCAAGUCUAAAUGUAACCUUAGCCUGCAGCUUUGAUAUGUGCUGAGAGAAGGACAGUGUACCGUCUAGCCAUACUCCCAAGUACUUGUAUGAGGUGACUACCUCAAGCUCUAAACCCUCAGCGGUAGUAAUCACACCGGUUGGGAGAGGGGCAUUCUUCUUACCAAAUCACAUGACCUUUGUUGUUGAGGUGUUCAGAACCAGGUUAAGGGCAGAGAAAGCUAGUCACAAGUAUUUAUUUUCCAAGCUAUAGCACACAACAGUUUACAUAAAAAAGGUUUUUAAAGGAUCCUGGCCAAAAAAUAUGACCUGUUUUUUUUAAAUUUAUGGUACACAUACAGGACCUGUUUUUGUAUGACGCGAUGUAUUGAAUGAAUGCCUGUGGCUUUGUCCUCUCAGAUUCUGGUUCGUCAAGUUCCUCGUACUGGUGGGGAUUACUGUAGGAGCCGUCUUCAUUCCAGAUGGGACAUUCAACACAGGUAUACACCAUUACUAUGAUGUUAAAUAUUUUCCUCUAAACACUAAUAACCAGUGGCAAUUUUAACAUUAAAAUAUUGGUGGGGGAACUCAAUCAACAAAGCUCAAAUGCAUUGAAAUCAGUACACUACACUGGCUACACAUUGAAUGCACUAAUAAUCAAUCCCAGAAAGGAGUUUUGAGCCACACACAAACGUUAUAACAUUUGGGUUAUUAUCAGUUUAUGGCUACUUCCCAUAUCUUUAGCUCAUAUUGCACGGAAGACCACAGUAGUCGAGCAUACUUUUAUAGAGUAAACUAGCUAGUAAUCGGUCUGCAAUAUCGCAACUCUGCCUGCCUGUUACAAAUGGGCCCGGUUAACAAUAUGCAACGUUUAUAACGCUAUUCCCUUGCUUCAUCUAUUGCACCGUUACAGUUCCAUCAAAGGUAUUUAUAACUUACCCUUCUUGUACAUGUGGUUCCAUGGGUAUUAGUCUGCCAUGAAAUAGCAACAAUAAGACAUGUAGCUUACAGGGUAUUAUAGCUAGCCUACCUCAAAACCAAUGUUAGCCACUGCUUCAUGAUCCACCACCAACCACUCCACUUGAAUCUUCUUUUCCAGCUUGCUUUACUUUAAAGUUUAGGUGGCUAAUGAGCACCGAGACGUUUUAUCUCUACAUUUCUUUCAUAAUGCUAAGUUUGAAAAUCAUUCACUAGGUGAUAGCAAAGCUAGUCGACAUGUUUCAGCUAGCUUAACUACCUAGCUUGAAGAUGUGGUAAACAACUAGCUAUCUAUGAAGUUGACACAUCAGUCCAAUCAAAGUUACCGGGCGUAAGAUGUUGAUUUAUCUGUGGCCAAUGACAAUGAGCCUUCUUGGGCAUGCACUGCUACUGUAAAUCAAUGGAGCACCGAUUAGGGGCUUUUGCUGGCUAGCUCUCUCAGCAGGUGCUGUGAUGACGUAGUGUCCCCAUGAGUGACCGCACCCUCAGCCAAUCAUGUGCAACCAGAGAAGAUCAACGAAUUCUGCGCUCUGUACUUUCUGUCUGCCCCUCCACCACAGAAAGAACCCGAGCUGCCUUACUCAAUGGAAAUUUACCAAAACAACAAUACAAUUGGAAAGCGCCCACGUAUGCUUGAUUAGAUCAAGCAAUUUUUUUAAUACAAUUACAUUUUUGCUAACUGAUAUGAUAUAUUGUUGUGACAUGAAAUAACAGAAUUGCAUGCAAAUCUCUUUGAUAUUGGUGGGCCCGGCCCACGUGACGCAUCGCCACUGCCAAGAACGUGUAGUCAAUUAUGGUCAAUUAAACAGACCUUCCACAUGUUGUCUUUUAACAAACUCACUGUGUGUGUGUGUGUGUUCCAGUGUGGUUCUACAUUGGUGUGGUGGGUUCGUUCAUCUUCAUCAUCAUCCAGCUGAUCCUGCUUGUGGACUUUGCUCACACCUGGAACCAGUCCUGGCUGGAGAAUGCUGUGGAGGGAAAUAGCAAGUGCUGGUUCUCAGGUACUGAUCGUUAAUACGGUCUACUGAUUUAAAACGGUGUAGUCUAACUCAUUUAAAUUCACAUUUUCUGAAUGUUUUCUCCAGGUUUGGGUCAAUUCCAUUUUUAUUCAGUCAGUUCAGGAAGUAAUCUGAAAUUCCCUGAAGAAAAUAGGAAUGUCAGUAUAAUUCAUGAAUUGAAAUGGAAUUGACGCUUAUCCUGGUUUUCCCCUAGUGACAAUGGAAAACAUUUCAUAACAUCCAUAAUGGGAUGUAUUCUUAUGUUUCCCCUCCCACAGCUCUCCUGUCGUUCACGGUGCUGCACUAUGCCCUUCUCUGCUGUGGUGUUGUUCUGUGUCUAUUACACCACGGGAGACGACUGCACUGAACACAAGGUUUUCAUCAGCCUCAACUUCAUCAUCUCCAUCAUUGCCAUCCUGCCCAAAGUUCAGGUGAUGUUUCAGUCUCGCAAAAAAGAGAUUGAUAUGUAGUGUCGAGUCAAUGUUGCUAGUUAUUGCUGUAACAAAGGAGUCCGCUUAUACUGAACUUUGAUCAUAAGGUUUAUUCAUAUCACAAGAUUUCAGCAUAAGUUUACGGGUGUCAUGAUCCCCCCCGGAGAGCAGCGUUUCCCAAAUCGCAAUGGCCGCUCUAACCUCUUCUUCGUUUAAACCCAGUAUAUAUAAUCUUCCCCAAAAUAUGGGUGGCUCCCUCUCCCUACUGUCCAAUCCCCUGUCUACAACACAGACUUCUCUGUCCCAUGUGGCGUGUCACACUAAAACCAUUCCUCUGACACUAAAUAAACAUCCUCUCAGGUUCCACUUAAACCCAUUAACAAAGUCAUAAUCUUAAUACACUACAUUCCCCCCUUCGAGACUAACUAAAAGUCUCAAAAACAAACAGAAUAGGAUUAUGACAAGUAACCAUUUAUCUUAUUGAGUAUAUUUAACCAUAAACCAAAAACACUUCUGUCUGGAGUGUAAAUACCUUUCUAUGAAAUAUGAACAAAUCUUUAUGAAGUGUGAAUACAUUACUAUGAAAUAUGAACAAAUCUUUAUGAAGUGUGAAUACAUUACUAUGAAAUAUGAACAAAUCUUUAUGGAGUGUAAGAGCAAAAAACUGUCUGGCAGCCUUCUUUCCAAAUAUCCAUCCAUCAAUCAAGACAGUAAAAUUCUCUCACGGCCCCUCUGCCCCAGGCAACCACCUAGGUACUCCAGAUCAAUUCAUACAUCUUUAUCAAUGCAUUUCAAACUAUGAUGCCAUUAAAUACACAUGAAAUCCCCAGCAAACAAAAUACUAUCCCAAAAAUUUCCACACUAAGGCUGGUCGACCCAUCGGACCCUACAGUGGAUCUCUAUCCCUGCCUAGACUCCAUGUCCCUAAGCAUUCACAAAAUAAACAAAAACAUCUAAGAUCCCCACAUGCAUUCAAUAACAUCAAAUAUCAUUCUACAAAAAGUAAUACCUAAGAAUAUGACACAAAUUAUGUAUUACACAUGCAAAUAUGUCUAUAUUUCAUUGCAGACACUGGAAUGUAGUCCACUACACUUAAUCUCCCCAGCAGUGUUGACUUCCAAUGCAUCGUUGAUGAUGGAAUCGGAACCUUUCCACACCUUCCUUGUUCCAUCUCCUCCAGUCAUUCUCCUUUCAUAUUGUCCCUUCAUAUUGUCCUUGUUUGAGUAUUUCAAUCUCUACAUAUUCCCCCAAAUGCUUCUGGAAGAAAAGAAAAGACCAAACAGUAUCUUUUGCAAAACAACACUUUCAAAUUAAAACAUCAAUAUCAACUAAGAAUAUAAAAAAUUAUAUAAAAUGAUAUAUGAAUCACAUGAUCCUAUUUCCCCCUUUGAUUCAUAACAUCAUACUAAAAUCACACUAAUAUUGAAAAACAUUUGAAAAAUGAUCAAAUAAUCAAAAAGGAUAUUUAUCCAUCAAUACUCCAUCCAGUCCCACUUGUCCCUCUUCAUCCAGAUCAGGAACAGUCAACAACGGCAUCUGAGUGUUGUCUCCAGGCAUCACUACUCCAACCUAUCUCAAUAUCAUAGCUUUCUCAAAGGUCAGUAACAAAUUACAAAAGAAAAACAUCACACACAGUGCUAUCAGAUCUGCUACUAAAAUCUGAACCAUCACUGCUCCCACUGGGCCUAACUGAUCUUGCAACCAAGACUUCACUGACCAUCCAGCUCCUUCAGAUCUACCAAAUGCAUCCCUUAUAUUUUUCAAUGCAUCUAUAACACUAGUGAUAUUAUCUGAACUAUCUGGAAUCAAAGUAUAGGUAAUAUUAUCAAUAUGAUCUUCCCAAAUUUUACACCAUACCAUGGAAAAAUCCCCACUUCUCUCUUAGACUUAUCCUCCAAUGAUAGGCUUCCCAGACUAUGAAACUUCUCUCUUUCAGAAUCAGAUUUAUCUCUUUCCUGUGCUUCCCCUCUUUUAAUUUUAAAACCUCAUAUGGAAGCUUCAACUUCUAACAAUAUCCUUUCCAUCCAUAGGUAAGAAUAUAUACUCUCUCACCACAAACCCCUAAAUAACUCUAAAAUUCCCCCUAGUCACAUUAUCAUUCAAAACUUCUCUCCACAUGAGAGGAAUCUCACCUCUACACAUUCCUCCUCUCACAUCUACAAGAAAAUUAGCUUUAUCACUCAUCCUAACCCUAAUAACAGUCUUUUCCUCUAAAAUUGGUGCUAGAGCUAUUGGCUCCCUUGUAAUCAAAUGUGAUAUAUUUAUAGCUUUAAUAACUGUCAAUGUUGAAAGAGUUAAAUUGCUUCUCACUAUUGUUUCAAUAUGCUGAAGUGUUGAUGUCAUUGUUGUUACUUCAUCCAUUCUCCCUAAAACUUUUUACUUUUUACUUGUAUUUCCAUCUAUCACCACUAGUUCUCUCUCUCUUCCUACUAACUAACAUUGAAACUUAGCUUACUGCCCUAGAGUUCCUUCAACCCUAGUUUUCCUAACUUUUUUUUUUAUCUAACUUUUCUCCUAACUUUUAAAACAUUUUCCACUGAUUUAUUCACAAAAUCCUUUUACCACCAAUUUUUAGAAUAUGUGAUUGGGAAGUCCCCACCUGCUUCUGACUUCUUUACACACAGACUUGGCAAACGAUCGAACAUCUUUUAGCCUAGUUUGAAAUCUCUUUCCCCUCUUGGUGUAGGAAUGUAACCAAGAAUAACAGUCACCCCUUUUAACUUUAUUUUUCAGACAGAUUGUCUAAUAGGCAGUCUAAUAGAUUGUCAUCCUUCCUAUGAUAUUAUCUUUUCAAGCAAAUAUGAUUCCCAAAAACCCUACUUUUUAAAAAUCUUCUACCAGACAGCCGUCUAGUGUACAUCUUAUUGUACAGUUCAGUUUACACCAUGCAUCUCUUCCCAACAAUGCAAUAGGUAUAUGUUCUAAUACCAGUAUGUGUAUUUUAAUUUCUCUUUGAUUUUUUUAUAGCAGAGCUCAAUUGGUUCCUUAAGAGUAAUCAGCUGGUUUACUCCCUCAAAUCCCUAUCCUAAUUAGUUAAUUUUACAUAGUGAGAUGUUUAACCUCUUUAGGCUCAACACAGAUAAAAGCUUUUCCUCUAUUCCUUCUUCUAGUCCUUUUUAUUUUCACUUCAAUUGUUGGAUAUUUUCUUCUUCUCCCUAAAUCGGUGCUAUCAGCUGACACCCCCCUUCGGAUCUUCUAGGCACUAGAAUCCUUGCUCCUUUAAGGGUUCACCUGGAGAACAGGUGAUCUUCACUUGCUCCUUUAUCUUCCUCAGAAAUUCCCUCUGUUGUUUCCUCCUGGCGCAUUGCACUCACAGGUAAAGUAACCAGCCUGUCCACAAUUAUAACACUCUUCUGAAAGUUGCUGGAAGUGUAGCUGAAACCUUCCUCCUCCUUCUAAGCCUUCUCGUCCUCUUCCUCUCCAAUGCUGUGUCUGUCCAGAAACUGACUGUGGAUAUGGAACAACUGGUACCGCCAUUGGUGGCUGAUACAAUUGCAUUUGACCUUGUUCAGUUGAAGCUAUGGCAGUGAUUGUUGAUUUGGUGCACAAUGAUUCUUCAUAACCAAAGCUUGUUUCUUCUUCUUCUUCUUUUUCUUCUCCUUCCCCAGUUGUAUUUGAUUGAGUAGAGUUUCUUGGUCCUGCUCUUUCUUGUUGUUGACAUAUCAGUAUUCUACAAAAGGUUAUAUUCUAAGUUCUGUCCUCGAAAUAUCAUCUUCCAUCAUCUUCUUACUUUUCUUCAGCUUCUUGAGUUGUUCCUCCAGUUGUGUUACUUCUUCUAAAUCAUUCGCUUUAUCCAGGCAUGAUACGCAUCGGUCUAUAUCUCUUUCUAUUUCUUCUUUGCUAAUCAUUGUUGGAUAAAAUCCUCUUGAAUAUGAAGCACCUUUAAUCUCAAAAUCUUCAUCGCUGUCUUCAUCUUUGCUUUCAUCAGAAAUCGAAUCUCUUGUAUCCUUCUUCCUUCAACUUCCAUCAGAGAUCAAAUCUCUAGUAUCCUUCUUCUUUCCUCUCUUGCCAACUUCCUUCUGAUCACAGAGUCAUAUCCACCCAUGAUCUCUUCUCAAUCACUCUGAUCAUCAUCAUCAGCAUCAUCAUCUUCAAGUUCCAUCUUCCUUAACCUCACUCUUCUCUUCCAGACAUCUCAUUUUCUUCCUUUUGGAGUUUUCUUUUAUCUUUAUGGUCGUUUCUGCUUCUCCUCUCUCUAUUAUUCAAUCACUUUCAUCAUGUUGAUGACGUCAGGGUUAAGAUUCCCUCUACUUGCUAUGGUUGUUCAAUGUCAGGCCAACUUUUGUUCCCUUUUCCAGACAACCUUUAGUUAAUGGUAUUGCAAUGUUUACUAUUUUCAACUAUAUCAACAGGUGUAAUUACCUUCAUAGUCCUGAUAUCCUUUUUCCCCAUUGUAACAACUCUUUUAUAUUCCUUUAAUGUGAAUUAUUUUAUUUAGACUAUAUAGCCUAUGGCUUCCUCCCUUUAAUUAUUAAUAUAAAAAAAAAAAAAAAAAAAAAAAAAACAUUUUCCCCUAAAUAAUAAAAAUUAAUCAAUAGAAAAUUAAACAAUUACUCAAUAAAUUUAUGAAUAAUCAAAAAUAUUUUUUUUAUUUAUAUUUCCUAUUUUACUAAUUUAUCAAUUAGUGGCUAUCUUACCCCUCCUGAUUGAAGGUGGUAUGUAUAAUAUCUAUAAUCCAGCAACACUACAGUACUCAUAAAUCCCAUUGCUUAAUAAGCAUCCAAUUAUCUUAAUUUUACAGAAUAAUGUUAGUACUCGAUUUCCAACAGAACUCUAAUCAAACCCACUCAUUCACAGAAACUCCAAAAUGCAAUUUUUAUUCAAUCAGUCUUUUGCCAAGUCUUUGCGAAAUUGUCAUAACAUGAAAUAUCCUGUAGGGGAAGAUUUUGUAAACAGAACAGCACUAAAACCUUUUGACUCGAUCCUCUGUCGCGUCACCCCUUGUCACGUGAUGUACACGUCAGCACCUCCUCUCUUUCUCUCUCUCUCCUCUCGUCCCAUCGCCUCUCAUAUGACAAAAGAACAGAGAAACAUACAAGAAUUUAGCAGUUUAUGCAGUCACUGAGUCACUUCAACCAUUCAAUAUUCCUCCGUUCACAUUCGCUCUAAGAAUUAACUCAGGAAUAAUUAUAGAUAGCUCAAUAACAUUUAUUUAUUUAUUUUAAUCCGUCAUUUUAUUUUAUUUAUUUUAAUCCGUCAACAUAUCUAAUUUAUCAAUUCAAUAGAUCUCAACAAAUAGUUUCAUCUUCAAACAACAGCCGAUGUAACAACUAGAACAUUCCAUUCGUGUUCAAAUCUCUACGUUCGUCUGUGUCUGUGUCUCCCCCCCUUGCACCGUGUAGCAGAGGCAUAUUCUCCCUACGUAACUCUAGUAUCGUAAAAUCACACGCAUGCGUAGUACAUUCAUCACCACGAUUUCAGCGUGGACGGGAGCCCCAGACAACAGAACGUUAGCAUUCUGCUAUAGCUCCUCUCUUUUACCCUUUAUAGACAAACAAUAACACUUAACAGAGCUCACAAAGCAUAUAACUUAAUAAAUAAUAAUAAUUGGUCAUUUAGCAGACGCUCUUAUCCAGAGCGACUUACAGGAGCAAUUAGGGUUAAGUGCUUUGCUCAAGGGCACAUCGACAGAUUUUUCACCUAGUCGGCUCGGGGAUUAGAACCAGCGACCUUUCGGUUACUGGCACAACGCUCUUAACCACUAAGCUACCUGCCGCCCAUUAUUAUUAUUAUUAUUAUUAUUUAUUAUUAUAUAACUUAAAUUCUACACAAACAAACAUAAUUUAAGAGGCUAUAUUCCAUCGCAAUGGCCCUCUAAUGUUAGCAUGUAGCAUGUAGCACAAUUAGCAUUAGCAUUUAGCAUUAGCAUGUAUGUAACAUGUGGCAUGCAACAUGUAGCAAUGUAACCUGCAUUGCGCCUAAAUUAUUUUUCUUUGUCCCUACCUUAUAUGAUGCUGUGAGUUCUGGAUAUUCUAUGAGAGGUUCCCCCAAACAUAUACCCCGUCGGAUACAAGAUGAGCAGUAACUUGCAAUAGAAUAUAUAACCACUCUCCAGUCCCAGACUGACCUCAAACACAUAUAACGCGUAAAAGGAUUUUCGGCCCAUCCUAAGAUCACCUCCCUGAGGUCUUUACAAGAUUGCAAUGCCCUAAUUUGUAUACGUAUCUCUGCCUUGCAUAUCUGCCUUAUUCACUACCAUCGAUUGUUCUAGAAUUCCUAUUCAAACCUAUUUCUAUAGACACAUAUUUCUAUAGCCACUCCUAUAGGCUCUCUCUCCCCCUUUUGCGCUGUCUACCAGUGCAAAUAAAUUUAUAAUGAUUAGGCCAGACCCCUAGUUCUCAGCAAUAAAGCAACACAAAGCACACAUCGGUCCGCAACGGUACAUCUCUCCAGCGCACACUCAAAUAGCCUCCAAACUAACAAAUGCCCAAAGUGGUGAGGAACUCACCCUUAUCUGGCCAUGACUUCGGAACGAGAGUCAGCUUGGUGCAUGAAUGGAACAAAGGAGAGAUGCAGACCCUCCCUUUUCAUGACGCCAUUUGUAGUGUUGAGUCAAUGUUGCUAGUUAUUGCUGUAACAAAGGAGUCCGCUUAUACUGAACUUUGAUCAUAAGGUUUAUUCAUAUCACAAGAUUUCAGCAUAAGUUUACGGGUGUCAUGAUCCCCCCCGGAGAGCAGCGUUUCCCAAAUCGCAAUGGCCGCUCUAACCUCUUCUUCGUUUAAACCCAGUAUAUAUAAUAUUCCCAAAAAUAUGGGUGGCUCCCUCUACUGUCCAAUCCCCUGUCUACAACACAGACUUCUCUGUCCCAUGUGGCGUGUCACACUAAAACCAUUCCUCUGACACUAAAUAAACAUCCUCUCAGGUUCCACUUAAACCCAUUUAACAAAGUCAUAAUCUUAAUACACUACAGAUCCCUGCACACCGUUGAAAGUUCCUGCAGUUUUAUUGAGUACAAUAUUUAUUUGCAGGCUGUUUCAGUCUUGUUCCUCUCUCUUUGAAAUACAUACACAUCCUGAAGUUAAUUCAGGGGUGGAAAUAUUAGCAAUGUUUGCAAUUAUCAAGAUCAUCAAAAUGUUAAACAAUGACACAGUGAACUAUUUGUUCAUGUGAAUGUAGUUGAACAGAAGUUAGAGACUGAUGUUUUGUGUGUCUAUCAGUUAAUUGUUUUAUUGUCCCCCAGGAGGCCCAACCAAGCUCAGGCCUGCUCCAGGCCUCCCUCAUCUCCCUCUACACCAUGUAUGUCAACUGUAAGUCGCUUUGGAUAAAAGCGUCUGCUAAAUGGCAUAUUAUUAUUAUUAUUAUUAUAACCCCAGUAAGUCUCGUCAUGACCCUGCUGAUGACCCUGUUCAGUCAUUGGUUAAGAGUCAUGGUUCAGUUCAUGCAUUAAAGAUUACCUGAUGUUACCUUGACUCGCAUAGCUGCAUGCUGACAAAAAAAUGAAAUCGCUUGAUGGGAAGUCUGGAACAAAGACUUUAAAUGUGAAGAAACAUAUUUUACCCGAAAGAUAAACUUCGGUCAGUGAACACUUCAUCCCACAUUAGAUGAGUUGCAGCCAAAAAUGACAAGAGAAAGAGUAAGUAAAAUAGAUGUGACUCUAGCUCAUAAUUAAACGCUGAUGAUUUGUCAUUUUCUUUAGGUUUAAAAGCAUACCAUUUUGUCCUUCAAUGGCAUUCAUCAGAAUGACAAUAUUCUAUCUCUCUCCCUAUAGACCGUAAGUUUAACCCCAGCCUGCUGAGUCUGGUGAACAACACCUCCACCCCUACACCUGCCCCAGCGCAAGGGGUCCAGUGGUGGGAUACACAGGGCAUCAUAGGACUGGUCAUCUUCUUCUGCACUCUCUACGCCAGAUAUGAAGUUGCAACCUAGAGUAGGGUUCUCUCCAAUCCUGGAGACCCACUGGACCGGGCACUCUUUGUAGCAGCCCAGACCAGAGACACCUGAUCGAAGUACUGGGCUAGAGUAAACAUGUGCAAGCCUGUGUGUCCUCAGGACUGGGUUUGAGAAACACUGAUUCAGAGCUAUGUUUCAAAUGAAAUCCAGACUAUUCGAGCCUGUCCACAGGCUUUUGAACAGCGCCGGAGAAGAUGGCUGCCGUUUUACAGCCCUCUAACCAAUUGUACUAUUAUGUGUGUUUUUACGCGUUAUUUGUAAUUUAUUUUGUACAUAAUGUUUCUGCCAUCGUCUCUUAUAACCAAAAAGAGCUUCUGGAUAUCAGGACAGCGAUUACUCACCUCGUAUUGGACGAAGAUUUUUUCUUCAACGAGGCGGCCGCGAAGGAUAUCCUACAGACACCCGACAAGGCCCAAAUCCCCGUCAUUCGCAUGAGGAAGAGACGGAGAUAUCGUGGACGUAGGUCAGGGUGCCUUGUAAGGAUCUGACGGCGAGCGAGUAAACUGCCGCUCCCAUCAAUCCUAUUAGCCAAUCUUCAAUCAUUGGAGAACAAAUUGGAUGACCUAAGAUUACAGUUAUCCUACCAACGGGACAUUAAAAACUGUAAUAUAUUAUGUUUCACCGAGUCGUGGCUGAACGACGACAUGGAUAACAUACAGCUAGCAGGCUAUACGCUACAUCGGCAGGAUAAAACGGCUGACUCCGGUAAGACAAGGGGUGGCGGUCUGUGUAUAUUUGUAAACAACAGCUGGUGCACAAAAUCAAAUACUAAGGAAGUCUCAAGGUUUUGCUCGCCUGAGGUAGAGUAUCUUAUGAUAAGCUGUAGACCACACUAUUUACCAAGAGAGUUUUCAUCUAUAUUUUUCAUAGCUGUCUAUUUACCACCACAAACCAAUGCUGGCAUUAAGAUUGCACUGAAUGAGCUGUAUAAGGCCAUAAAUCAACAGGAAAAUGCUAAUCCAGAUGCAGCGCUCCUAGUGGCCGGGGACUUUAAUGCAGGGAAACUUAAAUCCGUUCUACCUAAUUUCUACCAGCAUGUUAAAUGUGCAACCAGAGGAAAAAAAACUCUAGACUACCUUUACUCCACACACAGAGACGCAUACAAAGCUCUCCCUCACCCUCCAUUUGGCAAAUCUGACCAUAACUCUAUCCUCCUGAUUCCUGCUUAUAAGCAAAAACUAAAGCAGGAAGCACCAGUGACUCGGUUAAUUAAAAAGUGGUCAGAUGACACAGAUGCUAAGCUACAGGACUGUUUUGCUAGCACAGACUGGAACAUGUUCCGGGAUUCUUCAGAUAGCAUUGAGGAGUACACCACAUCAGUCACUGGCUUCAUCAAUUAGUGCAUCGAUGAUGUCGUCCCCACAGUGACCGUACGUACAUACCCCAACCAGAAGCCAUGGAUUACAGGAAACAUCCGCACUGAGCUAAGGGUAGAGCUGACGCUUUCAAGGAGCGGGACUCUAACCCGGACGCUUAUAAGAAAUCCCGCUAUGCCCUCCGACGAACCAUCAAACAGGCAAAGAGUCAAUACAGGACUAAGAUUGAAUCGUACUACACUGGCUCUGAUGCUCGUCGGAUGUGGCAGGGCUUGAAAACUAUUACAGACUACAAAGGGAAGCACAGCCGCGAGCUGCCCAGUGACACAAGACUUCCAGACGAGCUAAACCACUUCUAUGCUCGCUUCGAGGCAAGCAACACUGAAGCAUGCAUGAGAGCACCAGCUGUUCCGGAUGACUAUGUGAUCACGCUCUCCGUAGCCGAUGUGAGUAAGACUUUUAAGCAGGUCAACAUUCACAAGGCCGCAGGGCCAGACGGAUUACCAGGACGUGUACUCCGAGCAUGUGCUGACCAACAGGCAAGUGUCUUCACUGACAUUUUCAACAUGUCCCUGACUGAGUCUGUAAUACCAACAUGUUUCAAGCAGACCACCAUAGUCCCCGUGCCCAAGGACUCUAAGAUAACCUGCCUAAAUGACUACCGACCCGUAGCACUGACGUCUGUAGCCAUAAAGUGCUUUGAAAGGCUGGUCAUGGCUCACAUCAACACCAUUAUCCCAGAAACCAUAGACCCACUCCAAUUUGCAUACCGCCCCAACAGAUCCACAGAUGAUGCAAUCUCUAUUGCACUCCACACUGCCCUUUCCCACCUGGACAAGAGGAACACCUACGUGAGAAUGCUAUUCAUUGACUACAGCUCAGCAUUCAACACCAUAGUGCCCUCAAAGCUCACCACUAAGCUAAGGAUCCUGGGACUAAACACCUCCCUCUGCAACUGGAUCCUGGACUUCCUGACGGGCCGCCCCCAAGUGGUAAGGGUAGGUAACAACACAUCUGCCACACUGAUCCUCAACACGGGGGCCCCUCAGGGGUGCGUGCUCAGUCCCCUCCUGUACUCCCUGUUCACCCAUGACUGCAUGGCCAGGCACGACUCCAACACCAUCAUUAAGUUUGCCGACGACACAACAGUGGUAGGCCUGAUCACCGACAACGAUGAGACUAGGGAGGAGGUCAGAGACCUGGCCGUGUGGUGCCAGGACAACAACCUCUCCCUCAACGUGACCAAGACAAAGGAGAUGAUUGUGGACUACAGGAAAAAAAAGAGGACUGAGCACGCCCCCAUUCUCAUCGACGGGGCUGUAGUGGAACAGGUUGAGAGCUUCAAGUUCCUUGGUGUCCACAUCACCAACGAACUAUCAUGGUCCAAACACACCAAGACAGUCGUGAAGAGGGCACGACAAAGCCUAUUCCCCCUCAGGAGACUGAAAAGAUUUGGCAUGGGUCCUCAGAUCCUCAAAAAAUUAUACAGCUGCACCAUCGAGAGCAUCCUGACUGGUUGCAUCACCGCCUGGUAUGGCAACUGCUUGGCCUCCGACCGCAAGGCACUCCAGAGGGUAGUGCGUACGGCCCAGUACAUCACUGGGGCCAAGCUUCCUGCCAUCCAGGACCUCUAUACCAGGCGGUGUCAGAGGAAAGCCCUCAAAAUUGUCAAAGACUCCAGCCACCCUAGUCAUAGACUGUUCUCUCUGCUACCGCACGGCAAGCGGUACCGGAGUGCCAAGUCUAGGUCCAAAAGACUUCUCAACAGCUUCUACCCCCAAGCCAUAAGACCCCUGAACAGCUAAUCAUGGCUACCCGGACUAUUUGCACUGCCCCCCCCCCACGUCAUCCUUUUACGCUGCUGCUACUCUGUUAAUUAUUAAUGCAUAGUCACUUUAACUCUGCCCACAUGUACAUAUUACUUCAACUACCUCAACUAGCCGGUGCCCCCGCACAUUGACUCUGCACCGGUACCCCCCUGUAUAUAUAGCCUCCCUACUGUUAUUUUAUUUUCCUUCUGCUCUUUUUUUCUGAACACUUUUUUUGUUGUUGUUUUAUUUUUACUUUUUUGUUUAAAAUAAAUGCACUGUUGGUUAAGUGCUGUAAGUAAGAAUUUCACUGUAAUGUCUGCACCUGUUGUAUUCGGCGCAUGUGGCCAAUAAAAUUUGAUUUGAUUUGAUCACGUCCCCUUUUUCCUGACGGGUUCCUGCUCUUUCCUUCUCCUCCCCUGUAGCAUCCGUUCGUCCAACAACACCCAGGUGAACAAGCUGAUGCAGACAGUAGAGGGCCAGGGUCUGGCUGCAGACAACCACGAGGCGGCCACGAGGGAGGACGGGGCCAGACGGGCCGUGGACAACGAGGAAGAGGGGGUCACCUACUCUUACUCCUUCUUCCACUUCAGCCUGUUCCUGGCCUUCCUCUACAUCAUGAUGACACUCACCAACUGGUACCAGUAAGUAGCUCUGUUUUCUUUGGUUAUAUCUGAGGGGAUAGAGGAACAGGGAUGUGUACAGGUAUAACUGAGGUGAUUCACGUUGUUCGAGACCUGGAGAUUUGCGUCAACUCCCCGAGAUAAUGCCUGGGCUUUAGGUCAGCAGGCUAUCAGUCUUGUGGUACUCCAACGACCCAAUUUCAAACCAUCACACAUGGUCUACUUUGUGUUUUUGAGAUGGUAAAUAAAAUGUGAUUGAUCCUGAUCUCUCCUCUCCCCAGACCUGACGCAGACUACCAGGCCAUGCAGAGAAGUAUGCCAGCUGUGUGGGUAAAGAUUAGCUCUAGAUGGAUAGGCCUGGCUCUCUACCUCUGGACCCUGGUAGCUCCUCUCAUCCUCUCUAACCGAGACUUCAACUAAAGGCAUAUACAUUCCAUCCAGGGCUGUCCCAAAUGGCACCCCUGUUCCCAAGUAGGAAUAGGGUGGGUGUCUUUUCAGAUUUGCUGAGGGACUUAACUGUUUGGCAUGUUUUGAUUUAUACUAUUUGGUCAGAAUGUUUUUAAAAACAUAUAUUUUAAUUGUGUUGCUUGAAGGAAGGGAUCAUUGUCAUGUCUUAUAACUGUAAGUCGCUCUGGAUAAGAGCGUCUGCUAAAUGACUAAAAUGUAAAUGUUAUACAUUUUUAUUUUCAGGCUGGUCUCAUUGACUAGACGUAACAUAGUAAACAAAAUUAUGGGACACUCAAAUGAGUAUAUGUUAUGUUUGGUAUGGUUACAAAAACAGGUUACUUAAGAUAAAAAACUAAAGGAGGGUGGUUGGUCGGGGUGGAUGGGUGGGUGAAUCUCAUCACGGACAACUUUAACAUUUUAGCUAAUUGGCAACUUUGCAACUACUUAGCAUGCUAGCUAAUCCUAACCUUAACCCUAACAUUAAUCCUUAAAUCUAAACCUGUGGGGGGGUUCUACAAAAAAAAAUCAAUCAAUAGGAAGUUUGUUUUAAAGUGUCUGUCCUGUCAAGAGAUAUAAGAGAGAUCCGAAAAUUAUAGGUUUUUAAAUUAAGAACAGGAAGCAUAGAACAGAUCUACUGCUUCUUAGACUUGCUUUCAAUGAGAAUGACAGAUCUAUAACACACAUUUCUAUAUGAAUUUGGUCGGGUCACCCAAAAAUUUAACUUUAACCAGCUUUCUUUGGGCACUAAACUACUUCCAUACAUGUCCACAUUAUUAUUUAUUUUUUACUGGUACCGGGCUACCUUCAGACGAGGCUUGUGGGCGUCCUAGAGCAAAACAUCGAGGGGUCAUAUUAGUGUGUAGCCCAAACUGUUCGGACACUACAGACAGAAGUUAGCAGAUCAGCAGUACCGACUUCAGACGAGUCCCGUGACGCUUGUGGUGGUCAUAUUCAUGACAAUCCUCUUCCCAUAGUGGUCAUAUUAGUUUGUAGGCCAAACCGUUCAGACGACGCUACUGACGUUUUCGUGAGAAGACCGAUUUUCGGGAUGUCUCAUGGUAUGACAAACACGCUGUAGCUCGGCUACCUACCACUGCAGAUGUGGAAGGCCGCCAUUGGCGGAUGCGGAUGAUUGAGACUCAGCCCGUGCAAAACAAUGUAUAUCUCUAGCUUAAACGGACUGCUUUUGAAUGAUAAUUUUAUAACAUUAAUUAGAUUUCCGCGGGGGUGAGGACAUCGACUCUAGGGUGUAACCCCUAGCCUAGCUAACAUUAGCCACCUAGCUAACAUUAGCGUUAACCACCUAGUUAGUCACAAUUAUUCGUAACAUAUCAUACGAAUUGCAAAUUCGUAACAUUUAUGAAAUGGAUGAUGGACAUCCACAAAUUAAUGCAUGCCAUACCAAACGUAACAUAUCAUACUAAUUUGAGUUUUCUGGAUCUUCGUUUACUAUGUUAAGUCUACCUCUGAGUCCAGGUUGUUAAUAUGCAUUUAGCCAUACUUGAGGUUGGUCUUAUUUACUUUUUUUGUUCUUUUAAAAAAUAGGAUUGGUUUCAUGCUUUAAUAUUUCAUACUUUCUCUGGUCACUGAAUCUACUAAAAUGACCUCAUAAGUCCUCAAAUCAUAUGAACACUAUCAAUGUGUUAAACCAGCCAAGUAAACUCCACUCAGGUGUUUCUGUGUUACCCAAUCCACCCGUUUGCACUACAUUUAGAUCCUCUCUCUCUCUCCACAAUAUACCUUGCUCAGUCCAUCCACGACAUGAUUGGCAGGGUGCCAUCACUACAAAUGAGCAGUCUCGAGGAUGUUGUAAACAUAUUAGUACAUGAUUAUGUUCCUCCAAUGCACUUUCUCCUUGUUUUUAGUUAUUAGUUUUAUACAUUGUGUCUUUGAUUGCAACGUACAUAUACAUUCCUUUUUAUAGCUAAGGAGAUUUGUAAAAGUGCCUUUAAACCUAUAGAUUUGCUACACAAUUCCUAUUCAUAAAGCUAGUCUGUAGUCUGACUAUUCCAAUUGUUAUAUGGUUUGUCAUACAUCUGUCAAGGUAUCUCUAGUGCCUCUCCUUGUCAUGAUCAAAUGUAAUAAAUCUGAUCAUCUCUGAAAUGUCUUCCAGUGUUCUAUUGUGAGAUUGUUAUUUUAAGAGUUCAUGGUGUCCUGUAGGUGGGACUGUUGCCCCUCAAAUUACUGUAUAUUUCUGCUAGGUUUUAUUUUAAAUGAUUAGUUCUAUGGACCUCUUUCAGAUAAGUAGAAAGUGCACUUGGCACUUCUUUUGGGACAUUGUUUUGCCAUUCUGCCUCAAAAAAGUGAAAAAUGUUAGCUCAAUUCAUAUGAGGACAACCAAUACCUAAUGCCGACUAGUUAAAUAGCAUUGUCCAUGUAUUAGCUGCAGCAACCUUGGAAUCAAGUGCUUUACUCUGUUAAACACUAGUCUUACUUAAUUCCGUCAGUAGGACAUUCCAGAACAUGAGAAGUUGAGGAAACAGACCAAAGACAUGUCAUCACAUGUCAUCAGUCUGAGCCAACAGGUAUUCCAGAACUUCCCAUCGCCUCUGGCUUCAUUCCAUCACCCUGAUCACAUGAUCAUGAUCACACUCCAACAAGAUUACUUUUAUUCCUUGUGACGCAGGAUUACCCAUGCAGCCACAUCACACUCUCACGCUCUCUCUCGACAAGGGAGUGCGAGGGAAUCACAAGAUCGGCAUGAGGAGAUGGGGUUGAACACAAGACCAACAGUAUAUUCAUUGAGGACCAAAUGGGUUCGGCUGGGGAGGAGAAGGAGGAGCAUAGAGAGAUGGGUCUGUAGUUAGUCCAUGAAUUCAGCCUCAAAUCAAAUCACCGCCAUCAGACCGUUUGAGUUCACGCAUAGCAGAAUUACACAUUGACAUACACUGAAGUACUGUACAUGUAGUGGAAAAUAAAGUGAGUACCAUGCCAUAUUAAUUUCAGCUGACUGCUUUAUGGUAUUCCAUGUUAGUUGAAUGAACAUGCUUUCUUUCGUUCAAUCACUUUGAGAUCCUUCCUUUUGCUCUUUUACAAGAAAUAAUCUACUGUAUAUAUCUGAGUGUUUUUCAGUCUUUUACACUAGUAGUUAUAUUUAUAUGAUCUUGGUGAGUGGGUGACCUUGUUAGUGUGAUGACCCUGGGUCUCUGUGACAGACAGUUCGAUAGCGGUGGAGUCCCCCUCACAGCAGGCAGGCAGACCUACCCUACAUAAUGCUGUUAUAUAACGGCCUGGCUGGGGGAACACACCAUGCUAUGACUCUGUCUGGGGCCUCUACUGUGGUGCGGUAGAGGAGAGAAUCCGGAAAAGAUUGGUUGCAUUAGCCGGUUAGGAUCAUGCUCUCACUGGGGAUGAGGACUCCCACUGUGCAUCUGGAUACCUCCGUAGGUUGAGGUGAACACACAGGUAGAGGGGAAAAUGUAUAUUCUUGAGCAGGGCUCUCCAACCCUGUUCCUGGAGAGCUACCUGUAGGUAUUCACUCCAACCCUAAUCUAGCACACCUGAUUCUGAUAAUUAGGUGGUUGAUAAGCUGAACCAGGUUAGUUACAACUGGCGUUGGAGCGAAAACCUACAGGAGGAUAGCUCUCCAGGAACAGGGUUGGAGACUCCUGUUCUAGAGAGCUACUGGCCUUGCAGGUUUUUCCCCAGCCCUGCUCUAUCAUGGAUCUGUUUCUAUAGAUUAGAAUCAAGUGAGUAGUAGGGUCAGACCAGAUUCCUGCAGGAGGGAGGAUAGCUACUAGCACCCCAGGAGGAGGGUUGCUUGGCAACUCUGGUAUAGAAUAUAAACUGGCAACUCUCUGGUAUAGAAUGUAACCUGGCAACUCUCUGGUAUAGAAUAUAACC